AUGGCUUCACUGGCCACCCUCCCCGUCGAAACCCUCCUACAGAUAUUCAACCAAAUCCCAACCGCUGAUCGAAAUCAUUGCGCACUAAUGUGCCGCCGACUCCGUGGUAUCAUACACUCGCAGUACGGCAUCCAUUGUGUAUUCCAAGUAGACCACACCUCCCGCUCAGCUUGGAAGUUUAUCGAAUACCUUCUUAUCAAUCCUAGUUUCGGAGAGCGAAUCAGCAGGAUUCGGGUUACAUGGCAUCGUCGGGAGUGGCGAGACGGAACGACCUGGACUCAGAAAUGGUAUUGGACUCCAGACGAAUUAGUUAAAAUCCGGUGUAUGUGCGAUAAGUGGGAUCUCGGAUCGGCGUAUUAUGCCAUCAGGGAUGGAUUGAAUUCCGAAGCCUGUUUACCAUUGUUACUUUGCCAUACCACACGGCUCGUAUCACUGGAUAUUGGGAGAAUAUCGGAUCCUGUGGUAAAGGAUCGACUGCCCCAAACUCUUAAGAACCUCAAUGCGAUUUACAACUACUGCGUCGGAAACGAAUCCAAAAGGGAACCUGGAUGGGAACGUCGGUGUGAUACCGAAGGAUCAUUCCAAAACACAUCAAAAAUGUUAAUCCAGGGCAUGCCAUGGUUCUACACAACCUUCAACCCAGAGAAAUGGCUACCGGGCUUAUCCAGCCUCAAAAGAAUCACAUUUGGGGGCUACACCAAGGCAAGACCCGAUGAUCCUGAUACCUGGCCAUACGAAAAUUUAAAGAAGAUUCUUUUACUCCCACGGCUUGAAACCCUUCGGUUUAGUGGAUUGGGCAUGCCGGAACAAACCUUGCUCUCCGACAUGUGCGGCGAACUAUACGAGAAACAGGCUAGUAGACGGGGUCCGAUAAGGCGUCUGGAAGUCAUUAACUGCCUGUUCCGCUGGGAUCAUUACAGAAUACUUGCAGCAGAAGUCGGUCCCCUGGAAGGUCUUAGACUUAGCAUGCCUUAUAUGCUGCGGAUGGGGUGGUUUGAUCCAAUAAGAUGGCGGGGAUGUAUUAGAAACGAUAUAAUAAACCUCUUCCUACGCAAGGAGACAACGAAAUCGAAAGGGGGAAAGUUCCUGAUUGAGAGGCAGUCCUGCAAAAAGGGCGAUAUCUACGGCCGUCGUCCUGAAUAUGAUUCUGAUCCUGAUCCUGAUGAUCAUGGUUAUUAUUCUUGCGGUUAUGACGACGAUCGUAUUUGGUAUCCGGGCGAGCCCGUGCAGAUGGAACUUCAUGGGCAUAAACGGCUUGAAAAUGUCGAUGUCAAGUUUGCUUACUGGGGGUGUCAAGAAGAGGGUUUGGACGGUAAGAUGGCAAUUAGGACGAGGAGCGUGAAGGCCAAAAAACCGAAAGCCACGAGCAAACGAUAA